AUGGACGUAGCCGGUGAAUUGGAGCAGGAGGAAAAGCAUUUGUCUGGAUUCCAGGUCGCGACAAUACGAAGAGGGCUAGGUAGGAAAGAUGUCACAGAAUUUCGGAGAGCAAUUUCAGGUGCCGUGUCUCACCCCAAAGUCGAGAUCGAGGCCUGGAUUGCUGAAGGAGGGGGAAAUAGGACGACACAUUCUGGCAAGAGGAUCGGUCAAGGAUCGAAGUCAAUUGAACUCGAGGGCUUGAAACCCAGAUAA